AUGGUCGUCGCGAUCGCACUGUUGGACGGUGGACCAGAUGGUGCUGUUCAGACCGGCUCAGCGACCAGGCGAUACUCGAAAAUCCUUCGGCACUACAACGCGGCCAUCGGUCUACUCGCGAGAAACAAGACCGUCAGCUCGCUGGAGCUUCUCUUCUCCGCGGUACUGAGCUGGAUGUUGGAAGUGAUGGGCCUCGGAGCUGCCACCGCUCUCAUCCAUCUCAACGCUGCACGAAAGAUUGUUCAAGACUGCGCUCGUCCGCUUCUGAGCAAUAGCCCGUCGGAAGCAGACGAAGUGCUGGCCGCCUACCUACCCGCCGCGAUGCAGCUCUGCGAAGGCUACGCGUCGAUCCUCAGCCCGUACGAGGGUCAGGCGUACCUGAAGGAAACCGAGGGCAUCGAUAAUCCUCUGCUCCGAGCACUCGCUGUACGGGAUGGGAGAUCGGCCAUCACAAGUUGUAAUGAGAUCGCCCACGCACUAAAUUACUACUUCACACAAAUGUACCCUCACAUACGAUCUGCGAAAAGUGUCGAAGAGGCAGCUGAGUACAUCUACGUUUGGAAGGUUGCCAUUAUGCGCUUCCGCUACUUCGCCGACGUAAACAAAAGAGUGGUGUUGCUGUGCUACUUGGGAUUUGCGCUGGCCGGGAGUUUGCUUACGGAUCCCGAUGCGGUAAACGAAGCGGCCGAGCGACGAAGAAGGGAGGCUGCAAUGAGCUACGUGCUUACCAGAGCCGACGACGUUGUUCGACAUGAGGCGCUGGGAAGCCUGGAUCGAUCGAUCGCGGAGCAGGUGGCAGCAGUGCUUGCGAGAGUGGUGCUGGAUGAGCUGCCGGAGCGCGACUUGACUCAGAUGGCCUGGCGCGUUAUGGCGGACUAUGCUGUGAACGCGUACUGA